GCCAGCCGCCACUGCCACUGCCGCUCCACGCUCGGCGACCGCCGCCGUACAAGCCAGUGACCACGGCCGAACCGCGCACAUCGCUCUGCUAUUAAUAUUUGUCAUAAAAAAUACUUUUAGCCCUAUUGAUGACGUAACAGUGAAUACAGUGAAGUGAAGUUAUAAAAUAAUAUAAGUGGAGCUGUUUAUCGUGUAGUGCGUCGCCGCUACGACAGCCCCUCAGUACAUCUGGCGGCGCAGCGCGAUCUGCAUAGUGUCAUGGGUCCGGAUCUACCUCCACCCGUAAAACAUUUGUGAUACGUUUGAAUUAGAAUGCCGUAGAGUUUGGAUAAAGUCUUCCAUCUUUAUAGCUAUCAUUCAAAAACAUUUUCAUAAGCUGAAGGCACCCGCGAAGACGAAGACGGUGCGUUUUGUGUGUCGGAGUGAAUUUGAGUAUUUAGUUAGACAUUCAUCUGAGAGUUUGAAAAGGUUGAGUUUGUCACAGUUUCACCUGGAAGUGUUACUAGUUAAUAAUAAUCAAAAUGGAGAACGCGACGUCACUGGGACGCGCCGGCGAGGAGCAACGCGACAACGAAAACGGAAGAAAUACGAUGAGCGGCGCGGGCGAUGCGUCCGCCGGAGAGGAGGCUCUACAGCUUGUGAAGAGCGAGGAUCGCGCCGGCGGGGCGGGCGUCGGAGGAGGCGCGGGUGAGCAGGCAGGCAACGAAGGUGGCGGGAACGGGGCAGCCGGGGCUGCGGGAGGGGGAGGGGGCGAGCCGCACUCCGUCAUCACGUCGCGCCGCGCCCUGCGGACCAUCACCGCGGCCGGACAUAUUGCCGACGCCGCCGACCUGCCGCCCGACGACGGUGUCAAGGAUGAGCCAGCCGAGACGUCGCUCGACUCAGAGCACAUGCAGUACGCGGCCAAGAUGGAGGAGAACGCCGAGGCGCGAGCCGCGCACCAUGCUUACGACGAGGAGCGGCUACGGCUCGCCGAGGCGGAGACAGCGCGCUACCUCUCUUUUAAGCAGGAGCCAUACCGCGCGCUGCCGGCCGCCGCGCCCGCGGACAAGCGUCCCGGGGCGCAGUUUGCGCGAGCUCCGAGGCCCGCCUACGGCCGGAGUCUAGCCCUGAGGUACGGUGCGCCGCAUCACAUUAUAGUGGCGCAGGACGGCGAGCCAGAGGACCAUUCCCACGAAGCAUUCUCGAUCCAUAAAGACAAAAGCGAGCAGAUGCAAGCGUACGUGGCAUCGAGCGAGGCGAGCGCGGCGGAGGCACGACAGUACGCGGCGGCACUCGGCGACCAGCCGGCCCCCGGCGCUCUUGAGAUGAUUCAGACAACUUCGUUGAGCAACCAGCAGGCGGUCGGCGUCGCGUACCAACAGGUGAAGUACGAGACGCGCGGCGAGCCCGAGCCGCGGCCGAGCACGUACGCGAGCUUGCAGCCGGUGACGUCGGUGCACGGCGGGUACGCGUAUGCCAGCCAGAGCCCGCAGUAUGCCGCGAGCGGUGCUUACGGCGCGUACGGCGGGGGCAAGGAGCUGCUGACGCUGUACGGGGGCGCGCCGGGGGGCGGUGCGGCGGGCUCGGGAGGCGCGGGCGGGCGCGGAGAUGAAUCGCCACCGGGCCAGCUGCUGUACCGCGCGGAUCCCACGCUGACCUCGUCGUCGCUGCCACGCGGGGCGCACGUUGUGUACGGCUCUGUGGUGCCGCAGUCGCAGGCCGUGUACGAGGCGCCGCCUAGUCCCAACUCCCAGCAAGUGACGCUGUACACGCACGGCAGCGCGGUGCAGUACAAGGUGGGCGGGGAGCACUACCUGGCGCAGGGCGGCGUGGGUGGCGUGGGCGGAGUGGGCGGCGUGGGCGGUGUGGAAUACGUGCCGGUCUCGGGCUACGAGGGCGGGCUGCUGGUGGAGAGUUACGCGGCGCCCGCACAGCCCUGGCCCGCGCACAACUUGCUGCCCAUCGACGACGGCUUCGACCCCGGUAUGGCGGGCAUGGGCGAGGUGAAGGAGUGCGUAAACUGCGCGGCGGCCACCACACCGCUGUGGCGGCGCGACGGCACCGGCCACUACCUGUGCAACGCGUGCGGUCUCUACACGCGCAUCAAUGGCGUUAACCGGCCGCCGCUAAAGGGCCAGAAGGCGAAGCCACAACAGGCACUCCCGACGAACGGCAACAGGCGCGUAGGCGUGACCUGCGCCAACUGCCGCACCUCGAACACGACGCUGUGGAGGCGCAACAACAACGGCGAGCCCGUCUGCAACGCGUGCGGCCUCUACUACAAAUUGCACAACGUCAACCGGCCCCUCAGCAUGAAGAAGGACGGCAUCCAGACGCGCAAGCGGAAACCGAAGAGCAUGGGCGGAGGGCACGGCGUACCGCGGCCCGGCGGUGGUCUUUCGGCGGAGGCACACUCGCACAAGGUGCUGCCGCCGCUGUAUGCGGGCGUAGAGUGCGCGGCGGGCCCGCUGCUGCUGCUGCCCGCCGCGCGCCACCAGACCGACGCGGUAUCAGCGCUAGAGCGCGUGGCGGGCACCACCUCGCACUACCGGCCGCCCUAAGCCGCGAUUAUCACCCGCCGCAGUACGCAGCGGCCGCGGGUCGCCUUUGUGAAAAUACUUUGCAUUUCCCAGUAAACUUAGUAAAACUGCAGAGCUAAGUGUCACCGCUCGCGAUGUGUGCGCGGCGCGACUCCUGGCAGCCGCCGCGACCGGACACCUGCUUCUUGCCAUUGAACAAAGUUAACUUGUGUUGUAGUCAUAUCUGAACAAUUAGUUAAACGUAGGGUUUGCGUUAAGCUCACUGAUAAUGAAAUAAGCACGAAGUGCUUCAAGUCUAACUUUUAAAAAGUUGUGAUAUUGAAGGCCGUCAAGUUCUUUGACCAUUUUAGUCGCACAUUUUGUAAGACAAUAAACUUUUAUAGUAUAAUAUAUAAAAACAUUAUAUUUACAGACACUUAAUUAUUUGUAGCUUAAAUAUUAUUGUAAAUAAUGUUGUUAAAUUCCUUUUCAAAAUAGUUUUGUAAGUGAAUAUUGUGAACAUUUAGAGAUGACGUGACGUCUGCGAUUUCGCUUUGCCAUUUCUUUUGAUGAUCAAUGUUUGUAGUGAAUAGCCUAAUGUAAUAUAAAGUCGGCUGAUGUGACGUCACACCACGUGCCACGUUCCUGGUCUGCAGUUAGAACAACUUGUGUAACUACUAGUUUUGUUCCGACUUAUAAUUUGCGUUAAGAUAAAGUUGGUUUGUUGGUGUUCGUGCAGUAAACAGAGGAGGAGGGUCAUCACUACAUUGAAAUAAGCUGUAACUUAAGAUGACGAAUUUAUUAUUUUAUUUAUUUUACUGUAUCUAUAUAAGUAUUUUUAAUACGGGUGUGUAAAUGUACAAGCAGUUUGAUGAUUGCUUAUAUAUAAUGUAAGUACGUGUGCGUGUGUGCGUGUGUGUGUAUGCAUUUAUUACAUUAUGUGUAGUUGUAAAUUUUAAUGUUAAAACAAUAAAUGAAGAUAAUACAUACAUUGU